AUGCCCCCGACAGGAGAACCCCCUCCAGGGGUCACAGCUGUGGUCGUGUGGCUCUCCUUGCCUCCCCGAUUGAAAGAGAUGAAAAGCCAGGAGUCAGCUGCAGGCUCCAAACUAGUCCUGCGCUGUGAAACCAGCUCUGAGUACUCCUCUCUCAAAUUCAAGUGGUUCAAGAACGGGUAUGAAUUGAACCGAAAAAACAAACCACAGAACAUCAAGAUACAGAAAAAGCCAGGGAAGUCUGAACUUCGCAUUAACAAAGCCUCACUUGCUGAUUCUGGAGAGUACAUGUGCAAAGUCAUCAGCAAACUGGGAAAUGACAGCGCCUCUGCCAACAUCACCAUCGUGGAUUCCAACGAGAUCAUCACUGGCAUGCCAGCCUCAACUGAAAGACCGUAUGUGUCCUCAGAGUCUCCCAUUAGAAUAUCAGUGUCAACAGAAGGAGCAAAUACUUCUUCAUGUAAGUAUAUUUAACUUCUCUGUUCACUAGUUUCUAACCCAAGACAUUAUCUGCUUUGGAAGAUCAUGUCCAUAAUCCAUCCUGUGUCCUAACUAAGGGACAGUGUACUAAGUCUGAGAGGGGGAUGGGAUUUGUGUUUGCAGUAGAAAUGGCCUCCUAACAUGCUUGGGGGCAGUAAGGUGUCCCCCUCCCCCCAACACAGAUAAGAAUUAAAAG